GUUAUGUAGUUAUUGAUACACUGUAGAAAGCGGUUCGCGUACACCAUGGGGGCGGUAGACGAAGUGUGCUGUUUGUUGGAAACCCAUGCUAAUCGAGAUAAGGUUGUUGCCCUCGUGAAUUACACAUUGAAGUUAUGGGGAGCGACCUCCAAGAGUCAGCCAUUGUUGACAGCGAGUGCGCGGAUUGCUGGCGCUCGCGCCACCUUGCGGCUGUUUGAUGACGCUGCCGCGAUUAGAGCGCUUCUCAAAUAUGGACUUGGGAGACAAGACGGAUUAUUAUGGGGUGGUUUAGGCGUAAGCAACGGUGUGCUCCAGCUUUCGUACCUGCAAUUAGAGAAGCUGGUAUGGCUACUGGAUACUGGCGUGCUCAGACUGCCACACGAACUCGAUGAGAAGAUACGCAUCGCGCAUAAAUUGUUUUGGUCAUUGUCGGCGUUUGUUGCACUAAUCAGAUCGCUCCGUGCGUUACAUUUGACUGCUCAAAUCUUAAAGUCCCCCAACAGACCGAAGUGUACAGGUGUAAGGUUCACGCAGGCCUCGCUAACUACCUCCAAGUUACUCCUGGACGUGCUGCAUGCUGUCAGCUGGUUACCUCGCGGCUGGCUGUGGGGUGGAGCCCUAUCCACUACUCAGGCGUCCACUAUCGCAACCGCGUCCGCUGUCUUUGGACUUGUUAUGCAUUAUAAUGGGAAACGGUUACUACCACGGUAGUAUUCAAAUAUAAAUAAGUUUGUUUUAAAUGUAUGGUCAGCGGUAUUUUGGUGGUUUAAGAUUUAUACAGACUUUCGUAUUAAUAUUCAGUUUUAUAGUAGUAUUUUAAUUUUAUCAACUUUAAAAACAGUCACAUUUUACAACGAGAACUCCAAAAGUUAUCAUUAAAAUA